AUGAAAACCCCAGUUGAAAAGCCACCCUCUGACCAUGAGGCUUUUGCUGCUUCUGCAAAUUAUGCACAAGUAGCAGAAGGCAAAGAAGAUGCUGCUCUUCUAACAUGGAAAGCCACCCUUGACAACCAAAGCCAAUCACUCCUUUCAUCAUGGGGUGGACAUAGCCCAUGCAAUUGGGAUGGGAUUGGCUGCAAUAAGGCUGGAAGGAUCACCCAUAUAGACCUAAAAGGUUAUGGUUUAAAAGGUAAGCUUGAUCGGGAUCUUAAUUUCUCAUACUUGCCUUAUCUCAGCUCUAUUGACCUGUAUAACAACUCACUCUAUGGGACCAUCCCCUCAAACAUUGGUAUCCUUUCUAACCUCAACUAUCUUGACUUAUCUAUUAAUCGCCUUUCGGGCAUGAUUCCCUUUGAAAUAGGCUUAUUGACGAAUCUUCGAGUCUUGUACAUUGUCAAUAAUCUUAUCAGUGGCUCCAUCCCCCGAGAAAUUGGAAUGCUAAGGUCUCUCAACAAGCUUUCAAUAUCAAAUAACAAUCUCACAGAAUCGAUAGCUCAAGAAGUUGGAAUGUUGAGAUCUGUCACUAACCUCUCACUAUAUGGCAACCAACUCAUGGGUUCAAUCCCUACUUCUAUAGGGAACUAG